AUGAUUCACUUCGUGCUGCUCAUCAGUCGGCAGGGGAAAACGAGACUAGCGAAAUGGUACAUCCCAUUGUCGCAAAAGGAGAAGGCGAAAAUAAUUCGGGAGACGUCCCAGAUUACCCUGAACAGGACGCCCAAACUCUGCAACUUUGUCGAGUGGAGGGAAUACAAGCUCGUGUUUAAAAGAUACGCCAGCCUCUUCUUCAUCGCGUGCAUCGACAAAGGAGACAACGAACUAAUUACGCUGGAAAUCAUCCAUCACUAUGUAGAAAUUUUGGACAAGUACUUUGGCAAUGUGUGUGAGUUGGAUUUAAUAUUUAACUUUCACAAGGCGUACUAUCUGCUGGACGAGAUCCUAGUGACAGGGGAACUGCAAGAGAGCAGCAAGAAGAACAUCCUGAGAGUGGUCUCCGCGCAGGACUCCCUGAUGGAGGAAAGCAAGAGUAGCAAGAAGUUGGGAUCGCUCAUUUGA